UUCUUUUAAUUUUUUUGUUUUUUUAAUUAGGUUUUUUUUUGAACUUUUUUGGUGGAAAAUCUAUGCAUAUUUUGGUUGAACUAAUAUUAAUAUUUAUAUUUUAUGCAUCCGGGGUUGAUGAAAUGUUGUAAUGAUGAAUAAAAAUUACAUUUUUUUUAUAAUUUUUUUGGUGGUAAAUUAAUGUUAAUAUUAGAUUUAGAUGAACUGAUGCGCUUUUUUUUUUGUUUUUUUUUUUUUGUUUUUUUAAGCUUGCAUAUGGCUUGUUGUGAUUUUUUUAAUGACGAUAAAGAAGUGAACUUUUUAAGGGUUGAAUUCAUAAUUUUUAUUAUAUUGGAAUUGAAUGUUUGAUGUUAAAUCAUGGUUGGUAAUUAUGGUAUAGCAUUCUUGUUGCAGGAGCUAUAUAAAACUACUGUUAAAGCAUGGUUAGUUGAGAGUAUUACAUGUUUGCAUAUGGCCACUAUCAUUUUGUUUUAAAAGUGAAUUGAACACUAAUGAACAAUACACUGUAAAAUAUUAACUGUAUUGAUCACUGACACUGAUUCACUGACUAAGGCUCUGAUUCAUUAAUUGACCCUUGAGUCCAGGUUUCGUUCUAAAGGUGAAUUGGACACUAAUGAACAAUCCAUAUUAUUUGCCAAAUUCAAGCUCUGCAAUCCCUGCCUUUUGCCAUGAAGUAGCGUUCAUUUAUUAGUUAAUUAUUAUCAAGACCUGUUGUGCUCACCUUAUUUUCACUUAUUUCAGGUCUAAUAAGUUUACGUAAGUUUAGUUUUCCUAAAAAAAAAAAGUUCACAUAAGUUUAGUUAAAUUCAGUUAAGGAAAAAUAAGUUCUGAAAAGGGUUAUCCAACUUCAAACUACAACUAAAAUAAGUUUUAAUAAGUUCAUGUAAGUUUAGAUAAGAUUAGAUAAGUUCAUAUAAGUUAAAAUCAGGUGAACAUAACACACCCUUAUUAGAUGAUAUGUAAUGAUUUCUCACUGAUGUAUAGUGUAGUUAAGUAAUAAGUUUGACUAAUCCCCUUAUUUUUCUAGUAGGUUCUGAAUUUGUUUUGUGAAGGAUCAUUGAUGGGCUUGAAUUUUAAAUAGGUUGGGUUAGAUGGGGUUAUAUAUUGGAUCGGGACAGGUCAGAUGGGCCUCUUUAGUUCAUUAAUUUUUUUAGAUUUUACAUGGGUCUGGUCAGAUCGGGUUAGAUGGGCUUUCCCGACCUGCCUCAUUUAUGAGUACCAUUGACCCAGCCCGGCCCAGACCGUUUUAAAUUGGAUCAAACCCUGCCCAUUGAACAGACCUAAUGCCAAGCAAGAAGAAUAAGCACUGUAGAUGAACUCCUGUCAACUGGAUAAGAUCAAAACUGAUAGAUAGGAAUUUCUCCUCUCAACUCAACCUAACAGAGUAUCAUCCUUUCUUUCUCUUUCUUCAAUUCUUCAAAAGCUUGUUGCUAACUCUUUUGAAGACAAUCUUUUACAAGCAUUUUACUUUCUCUUUAUCAUUUAUCUGAAUUUUCUAAUGAAAAAAAAUACUAUAAUUCACUUCGAAUUCUGUUCACCAGGGUUUUGCAUUUCUGUCAUAUCCAUUGGUAUUGUUGCUGUUUUGAGGAUAUUGGAACUCAAUCUGUCACGGUUUAAGGUUUUUAGUUUGUGUAAUUGCCUCAUCGUUUGGUAAUUGUUCGUCUUCUGUUCAUAAUCAAAGUGACUAUAAUUGGGUAUUAAUGGUAAAAUGCAGAAUUUGAAUAUUGCAGAAGGGAUUUAUUGUAAUCAUAAUUGAUUGAUUAAUUUGUUAGGUGUUGAAAUUUUUAGUUUCAUUUGGCUAUAAUAUUUGAUGGGCUCUUAUAUGUUGCUAAACUUGAGAAAAUUUCGUGCGUUUAGUUUUAUCUCAAUGUAAAUGUUUUUUUUUGGAUUUUAUUUUGAUUCAAUUGGCUGUAUGUUUAGUAUUUCUUAAUUGCUUUGUUAGUUAUUGGGCAUUGGGGAUUUCAUAUGUUUAUAAUAUUUGAUGGAUUUAUUCAUAUAUUUUGUCAAAAUCGAGAAAGUUCUGCGCUUUUUAGUUUGAUCAUAUAUAUAUAUAUUUUUUAAAUUAUUUGAGGUUGAUACGGUUCAAGUAGUAUUUAUUUAAGACGUCUUCUGUAUUUUGAAGAUUGCAUCUCUUGCAGAUUUUUCUUUUCAUAUCUUGCCUCUGUUUUUCUUGUUAUCUGUUGUCUGAUAACAGCGCUGGAUUGGUAUUAGCAUGUGCACCCUUUUUUUGUCUAUUCUUUGCUGAUGAUUCUAUUUCUCAAUCUCACUUGAUUAUAAUUUUUUGUUAUCUUAUCUCAGAAUUACUAAUUGAUUAUAGUAUUAUUUCGGCAGAUUUUUUUUGUCAUUAAUUGUUUGAUUUUCACACUUGUAUGCCUACCGCAAAUUUUUACCGAACAAAUUUACAAUCCAUCUCAUGUAAAGAAUUCAUAAUGGCCCAAUUUGUGGGAUUUAUUUGAAAUUAUUUGAAAUUGCAAGAAGAGGAGAAAGAAAGAUGCAUAAAUUACGUUCCUGAAUUUUCCGCCAUUAAAUAAAUUGAUCAUGGUUGAUAAAGUGACUCUUGCUGUCUUGUUAUGUUUGCUUCACUUGUAUGGCUGAAUUACUGUUGAUGAUUUUGGGUUUCUGAUAUUGUGAAGAAAGAUGUAAUUUCUAUUAUUUGGCUAAAUUAAUUUUGAAUCCAUUUUAGGCUUAAUUUGGUGAUGAAAUGUGGUAGUUUUUGUGUUUUGUCGAUUUGAUAUGAAUUUGGUUAUCAGACUUAUCACUUACAAAGUAGCAAAAAUGAUUUUUUUUUGUUCUUUCAUAGAUUGCAUGUUUAUGAUUAUUGAUUGAUUGAGAAACUAGUAAAGCAUGCAUCAAGCUAUUUGGUAUGCAGGCUAAGCAUAUCAAUAAUGAAUUAUUGAUAAACACAGAGUUGCAGUUUAUAUUUUUUUUAGAAACAUAGGUGUUUUGAAUUAGGAUAAGAAAGGAGUUAUAUUGUUUAAAAUAUGUGUUCUAUCGUUAAGAUGUCAUUAAUUGUGAAGUAUGAUUACAGAGUACUUAAACCUCUAUUGAAACAUUAUAUAUAUUUUUCUGAUAUUAUCAAGAUCCCAUGCAUUAACGGGAUAUAAGCACUUUGCAGAUUCGAGAUGGUAAAUCUUAUGUUUAUUAAUGACAUCUUACAAUACAUAUUCUAAUUCAAUUACAGAGUACUUAAAAUUCUACCGAAACAUUAUUUAUAUAGAUUUCUAAUAUAACCUUAAUGGUAUUAAAUUUUUCAGAUAUUGUUGUGAAGGCAAAAUACAUUCUUAUGCUCCGUAUGUAAUUUCCUCAAAAUAUUUAAUUAGUUUUCUCCCUUAAGCCCCACACUCUAGUAAUAAUAAUUACAGUCUUAGUAGCAUUUAUAAGAGACCUUCUGAUAUACCACCUUCACACCCACAUUUGAACUUUGGAACCCCUAAAAUUGUUCCACAACAAAUUCAGGGCUCUCAAAAUUACCCUAUAGGGCCCAUAAUGCAUUUGAGGUCGUUAUUGCAACCCUCGUUCUUUUCGUUCUUACAUCGGCCUCUGUUGAGUCCUACGGUCUUUAGGGAGUUUGUUCCCCCUAUUACGGGCUCGAAUGAGCUUCCCACAGAGGAGAAAGAUGGUGGUUUAAGAGGAGGUGGGGUUUAGAAAAGCAAAACACUCCAAUGAUUUUCCUUUGUUCAUCUAGUUGGUUGUUUAUUUGGUUUAGAAAAGUGUCUUCCACCAAUUGGCAUAACCCAAUUGCAAAUUUGGUUCAAUUUUCAAUAUUCAUUUCAAGUUUUCUGUUGUUAUUGCUGUAAAAAAAUUAAUUUGCAGUUAUAGUUUGAAGUGUUGAGGGAUUAGAUAAUACUUAGAUUAUCCUGUUUGGUGGUUUGAGUAUUAAUUUAAAAUUUGUUAGAUGAAAUUCCAGAUUCUUUUUUCUUGAUUUUUUUUUUAAUUUUUUUUUUUUAAAUUUUUUAUCUAAGUGCUGGUAAUUUACAUAGAUAUUAUAUGUAAAAUUAAUCUGGUUGGUCUAACUAUUGUAUGAUUGUAGUUGUUAUUGAGCAAAAAGAUGGACUAAAAAGGCAAACUCUGAAUUACGGCAACGUUAUUUUAGCUGUUCAGCCGUGCAAUUAUAAAGAUGCGAUUGAAGGCUGCAAGACUUUCUAGAGCAGCAUCUAGGGCGGAAACUGGCCCUACUAUGGUGCGAAGCUGGGAUGACUUGAACUACGAUAUAUUAAUGGGUAUAAUUACUAGAGUGCCUUGGCGUUGUAGGCUUUAUGUUGCAUGUUUGGUAAGCAAGUCGUGGUUGGCAGCAGUAUUAGACUCAUUGUCACCUGGUGGUGUGAUCAACCUCAAAGUCAUAGAUCCCCACAAGUUGAAAAAUGACUUUGAUUUCCCCAGGUUUCAGAGAAGAUACCUUUGUUUCCUGAAGCAUAUGUUGGAUAUUAAGCCAGUUGACUCUUGUUCUGCAUUGUGCAUUGGUGAAACUGUGCUAAAGCCACACAAGUAUGUCUAUAUUGCUAAAAGGACACCCUCCCUGCAGCGGUUGGUUAUCUCUGAGGCAUUGGGUUACAGAUAUUCAUGUUUUUUGCAAGCUAUGUGUUAUUGGAGGAAGUUGAAGAAAGUAAAGUGUCCUGUAGAUCUGUUUGUAUUCUGCUCAGUCUGCUUUAAAAAGGUUGAAAGUCUUCAGUUAUUUGGCGUUGUGGAUGAUGCUGCAGCAAAAGCAAUCCGUGAUAGAUGUCCUAGACUCAGACGAUUGUAUCUCAUCUCAUGUGCUUUAUCAAUCACUGCAUUGUCAACAAUAUUAGAUGGGCACAAACGAUUGGAGGUGUUGGAUACCCGACAUAGUUUCUGUGUCCGUGACUGCAAAAAGACUGCUAGUAUUGGGAUAUCUCAAUCUGUGGAGUGGAAUGAAGAAGAGAUUCGCUGUAAGGCUGCUGGUAUAAAGUUGCACUUGAGGUGCACUAAACAGCGUUGUCCUAAAUGUUCUGCAACUUGGAAACACUGCUAUCCAAAAAUGAAGGGUCGACUUGCAAAUUAUCGUUAUUGGCGGUAUAUUUAAUCUACUUGUAAUGUUGUCUAUAACAUUUUAAUUUAUAAAGAAAAUUGCGAUAAAAUUUCCCUCACCCAAAAUUUUUACCAGCCAAAAUAUUUAUAUCAUAAAAGUUCAGUUAAACGAUAAUGUGGUUUGCAAUUUUCUGUUUUUGACGAAA